CUUUUUUUUUUUUUUUUUUUUUUUCCACGGCCAUUGUGUUUUAUUUCCGCAGUUCUUGUCUUGUUCAUGGUCCUCAGGCGUCGAUGCAUUGGGGUUUCCGUUGAUAUUUCCCUUACACCGGUUCCUCCCCUCCCCCCAAUCUUCCCUGGCUCAGGGAUUGAUUCAAUCCACUCCAAGACAUCAGGAAUUAUAAUUUCUGCGGAUACCAUCUUGUCCUGUUGAUCGCCCACAUUUGGCAUGCUGUCCCCGGCCAAAACUUCCCAACUCAUCUCCUGCCCCCAUCUAUUAACAAACUCCGCUAUGUUAUUUGCUUGGCUAAAUGGGGAUUCUAUAACUUGCCUUUUCCAUGUUACAUUACUUGGAUUUUGACGUGAUACUGGUUUUGCUUGCUGCAAAUUUAUUCCUUUUCAUCCUUUAUUGCCAUUAUAUUCAAACACUAACCUAGCUACUUGCUUCGAUGUCCUGAUAUUUUGAUUAACCUGUUUUUAAGUUCUUUGCGGAAGCUCAUCUCACUAUUUUUGGAGUAAUUUUUGAUUUUUUUCCAUUGCGUACUGCAGAAGAGAAGUCUUAAAUGAAGAUGAUAGUUUUUGCAACAAGGCUUGGAAAAGGGCAUAUUUGGGUGUUCACUCCUUGCUACACUUUCUUCCAUGAUGUCAUUUUGUUUCUGUUGGGUAAUAAUAUAUUGGUAUCGUACAUCUGGGAUUUUCCAACGCAGAAAGGGGCUAUUAAAUGGUAGUUACCGCUUUGGUUCUAGACAAUACUAUUUAUUACCUUUUAACUUACUUAUCUACCGGUUUAUUGGUUAUCUAUUGUCCCGCGUACUCCGUACUCCGUACUCCUGGCAACAAUGAUAAUAAUAUGAUUAGUUACUGAUUACUGAUUAACCAACAUAUUAUUAUUAUCAUGGCCCCGAGACAGGGUCGUUAAUGCCGAAACCCUAUUCAUGGCCGCCGCCUGCCUUUUGCCGUGCCCCCCACCAAACCUAGGCGCACCACAAUUUCCAAACCUCCACAUCCCACCCCCCCCCCAACUAGUAUUAUCAAGAUAAACAGCUACUGCUUCCUUUGCUAUCAAGUCCAAUUGAUUUAAGUUCGCACGCCCUGUACGACUGACUCGUUACCCUUAUUAAAUAUUCCCCGUAUCACACAGCUUCCCGAACCAAUGGCUACGCACGACCACUCACGGGGUCAUUCCCAUACUCAUGAUGGUGGCGCGCACGGCCAUACCCAUGAGAUCCUCGAUGGUCCUGGCUCAUAUCUGAAUCGGGAGAUGCCUGUUAUUGAAGGGCGCGAUUGGACGGGCAGGGCGUUCACUAUUGGUAUUGGAGGGCCUGUAGGUUCAGGAAAGACAGCAUUGAUGCUGGCACUCUGUCUGGCCCUGCGUGACGAAUAUAACCUCGCUGUCGUGACGAAUGAUAUAUUUACGAGGGAGGACGCCGAAUUCCUCACUCGUAACAAAGCCCUCUCUCCAUCUCGCAUCCGCGCCAUCGAAACUGGUGGCUGCCCGCACGCCGCCGUCCGUGAGGACAUCAGCGCCAACUUACUCGCCCUGCAAUCCCUUCAGCGACAAUUCCAGAGCGAUCUCCUCCUGAUAGAAUCCGGUGGCGACAACCUAGCCGCCAACUACUCGCGCGAACUAGCCGAUUUCAUCAUCUACGUCAUCGAUGUGGCGGGCGGGGACAAGAUCCCCCGGAAGGGAGGGCCUGGCAUAACGGGGAGUGAUUUGUUGGUUGUGAAUAAGAUUGAUUUGGCAGAGGCGGUCGGGGCAGAUUUAUCGGUUAUGGAGAGGGAUGCGGCGAAGAUGAGAGAAGGGGGGCCGACGGUUUUCGCAGAGGUGAAGAGUGGGAAAGGGAUUGAGCAUAUUGUUGAGCUGAUUUUAAGCGCAUGGAAGGCUAGCGGGGCAUAUGAUGUUAGCCUGCAGAGGUGGAAGGAUGGGGCGGUUAGAGGGUCCGGGGCUGUUUGAAGGACUAAAAUGAGCUUGAUCCCAUUGCUUAUUUCGUAUCUAAAUUGUCAUUGUUAAGGAAUCCGUGCAUCCAUGGGCCUUCUUCAUCUGGCACAUGCGACAGAGACGCAUUCCAGAAAAGUGUUGGCGCGGCGAGAGCUAGUUCCCAAUUCAAAUAGCAUGCCGUAAGGGACGUGGGAUUCAUACCUAGCAAUCAUAUAAUUAUGUGGCAAAGCUCAACUGAAAGAUUAUGAUUUCUAUACUCUCCUUUCCGAAAUUUUUUUCUAAUCCGUACAAAUUCCAUAUCCAUUCCGAAUCCAGUACGUACUCCUGUGCGAUGCAACGCUGGAAUAAAAAUAAUAUUGUAACGCCAUGGGUAUUUUCAAAAAUAAACCAAAUGCCGAACGAAAAGUGUAUUGGUGCAGAACAAUCAGUGACGAUAGCUGCAUGGCUACUUACUUGCCAGUAUCCUGACCUCUGGGUUGCUGGAAAAAACCGACAAACACACCCUAACGACCUAGGAGGAUCGCACCCUCGCAAACCGUCCAAGGGCGGGCCCCAAACCAGCCUUCUCGCGCUGAAGAUUCUCCUUCGCCCUAGACGACCGUUCUUUCCGCAACUCUUCAGCCUUGAGUCUCUUCUCAUCAAUAACGUUCUUCCCCGCUUUCUUACGCAAAUACUUGCGCAACGCACUAUUCCUCCCACGACCCCGAUUCUUCAACUUCUCAAUAAUAUCAUCAGGCUUCCGAUCGAGGUCCCGCUCCUUUCUGCGCGUAGCCUCGCUCACGAGAUCAAGAUUGCCCACAAAGUCAGGGUUGAGCGAUAUCAUCUCUGGCUGCAGCUUCGUAAGCAGUCCUCGGACUUCUGCCUCCUGUCGUUGCUUCGUGGUCUCGUAUGGGUUGGCUUCGGAAGCGUCAAAGUUAGGCUCUCCGCUGCCCGGCACGAUUAGGCUGGCAAAUCCUUUCUCGUGCGACACGCCGAGAAUAUCAUCAUAUGGACACCAGCGGACGCGCUCAAUGCGUUUCCCGUCGCCGCCCCAGGCCAUAUAUGGACUUUGGACCUUCUCCUGUUCUGCAGCUGCAGCGGUGAACAAUCCUUUCCAAACACUGAGCUGUGUGCCCCAGCCAACGGCGGUGAGGCCGCGGUCGCUGAUGGCUACACUGGAGCCAGGCUGGGGGACGGAGUAGUUAUGAACCUCCUUCAACAUGCGGAUGUCCCAUACUGCCAUGCGCAAAUCCUGACCUGUUGAUACCAUGUAUCGGCCUUGUCGGUCGACCGCUACUGACCGAACUGGCCCGCGGUGGGUGAGUGCUUUGACGAGGGAUGUUGAGGAAUUGGGAGACCAGAGAGAAACGGUGCCGUUUUGGUGUCCGACGUGUAGGAUGGCGUUAUAGGGGUUUUGACAAAGGGAAGUCGGCGAGCCCUGACGGGUCGCUAGUUCUGCUACUAGUUGGCCGGUCGAUGUGUCGGUGUACUUGAGAUAUCCACUGGUAGCCUGUAAAACAGAAAAUGUGUUAGCAAAUGGAGUGGCCAAAAUUGGGCCAUUCUUUAUAUACUCACAACACUGGCAAGGAGAAAAUGGUAAGGUAGAAAUUCUAGAUGUGUAGCCUCGACAUGCUUAUUCAAACAAUGUAUCUCAACCCCUGCAUGAUCGUAUAUGUAGACAUAUUUCUUCUGCGCCAAAGCG